CGAGCUCUUUUCGCGCCACGCGCUGUGUAUUUGUGGAGAAGCGUCCAGAACGUAAGCGGUCAAGAUGUCUUCACCUUCGUCCAGUGCACGGAAGCGCGGCAGGAGCAGCAACCCAUCGACUCCUGUUAGCGAAGGGCCUCGGACCCCACGAGUCCGUGGAUCCCAGGAGUCUUCCACUGGAGAUCUACAGCCCAUGCCCACCUCCCCUGGCACAGACAUGCAGAGCCCCGUCCCUCAGGACACCUCCCUCUUCUCCAGCCCUAUGCCCCGCCCCUCCGUCCCGCAGAGUGAACCGGACAUGAGCUCCCCGCUGAUUUAUGACACACCCAGUCGUGGGACUCCGGCCCGCCAGAGACCUGACCUGGGAUCAGUCCGGAAAGCGCCACAGGUGGACCUGAACUCCGAGCCGCCCUCAGGGGAUGCGACGGUAGCCAGCGAGCAGAAUGCCGGACAGAGACUCGUCAUCUGGGGCACUGACGUCAACGUGGGCACGUGCAAGGAGAAGUUCCAGCGUUUCCUUCAGCGAUUUAUCGAUCCUACCGCACAGGAAGUUGAGAACGCUAGUCUGGAUCUGAACGAGCCUCUGUACAUGCAGAAACUGGAAGAGAUCAGCGUGGUUGGGGAUCCUGUGUUGAACGUGAACUGUGGCCAUGUUCAGUCUUUUGAUGCUGAUCUGUACCGUCAGCUCAUCUGCUAUCCUCAGGAAGUGAUUCCAACCUUCGACAUGGCGGUCAACGAGCUGUUCCUUGAUCGCUUCCCUGAUUCCGUCCUCGAGCACCAAAUCCAAGUGCGCCCCUACAACGCGCUGAAAACACGCAACAUGCGCAGCCUCAACCCCGAGGACAUCGAUCAGCUCAUCACCAUCAGUGGCAUGGUGAUCCGCACGUCUCAGCUCAUCCCCGAGAUGCAGGAAGCGUUUUUCCGCUGUCAGGUCUGCGCCUUCAGCACUCGUAUAGAGGUGGACCGGGGCCGCAUCGCCGAACCCGCGGUGUGUCGAAACUGCAACACCACACACAGCUUGGCCCUGGUGCACAACCGCUCGGUGUUCUCUGACAAACAGAUGAUCAAGCUCCAGGAGUCGCCCGAGGACAUGCCCGCUGGUCAGACCCCCCACACCACCGUGGUGUACGCCCACAAUGACCUGGUAGACAAAGUGCAGCCUGGAGAUCGCAUCAACGUAACCGGUAUCUACAGGGCCGCGCCUAUGCGCGUGAACCCGAAGCAGAGCCAGGUGAAGGCCGUGUACAAGACCCACAUCGACGCCAUCCACUUCCGCAAGACAGAUGAGCGGCGCCUGCAUGGGCUGGACGAGGAGAACGAGCAGAAGCUGUUCUCGGAGGAGCGUGUGGCCAGGCUGAAGGAGCUCGCCAACAAGCCGGAUAUCUACGAGCGCCUCUCGUCCGCCCUCGCACCCAGCAUCUACGAGCACGAGGACAUCAAGAAGGGAAUCCUGCUGCAGCUGUUUGGCGGGACACGCAAAGACUUCAGCCAGACGGGACGCGGCAACUUUCGCGCCGAGGUUAACAUCCUUCUUUGCGGAGACCCCGGUACGAGCAAAUCCCAGCUGCUGCAGUACGUCUACAACUUGGUGCCCCGCGGCCAAUACACGUCCGGGAAGGGCUCGAGCGCGGUGGGUCUAACCGCCUACGUGAUGAAGGACCCGGAGACGCGGCAGCUGGUGCUGCAGACCGGCGCGCUCGUACUCAGUGACAACGGCGUGUGCUGCAUCGACGAGUUCGACAAGAUGAGUGACAGCACGCGCUCGGUGCUGCACGAGGUCAUGGAGCAACAGACUCUCUCCAUCGCCAAGGCUGGGAUCAUCUGUCAGCUCAACGCACGCACUUCCAUCCUGGCAGCAGCCAAUCCCGUGGAGUCUCAGUGGAACCCGAAGAAAACCACAAUCGAGAACAUCCAGCUCCCUCACACGCUUCUGUCCAGGUUUGAUCUGAUCUUCCUGAUGCUCGACCCUCAGGACGAGGCCUACGACAGACGUCUGGCGCAUCACCUGGUCUCUCUGUACUACCAGAGCGAGGAGCAGAUCGAGGAGGAGCACUUGGACAUGGCUGUACUCAAGGACUACAUCGCUUACGCACGCACAUACAUCAACCCCCGACUCAGCGAAGAGGCCAGCCAGACGCUUAUCGAGGCCUACGUGGACAUGAGGAAGAUCGGCAGCGGCCGGGGCAUGGUGUCGGCGUACCCGCGGCAGCUGGAGUCGCUGAUCCGACUCGCCGAGGCUCACGCUAAAGUGCGCUUCUCAAACAAAGUGGAGAACAUCGACGUGGAGGAGGCGAAAAGGCUACACCGAGAGGCGCUCAAACAGUCGGCCACUGACCCCAGAACAGGAUUCGUGGACAUCUCCAUCCUCACUACAGGUAUGAGCGCGACGGCACGCAAGCGCAAAGAGGAAGUGGCUCAGGCGCUGAAGAAACUCAUCCAGUCGAAAGGCAAAACACCAGCCAUGAAGUACCAGCAGCUGUUCGACGACCUGCGCGGCCAGUCCGAGGCUGCCAUCACCAAGGACAUGUUCGACGAAGCGCUCCGAGCUCUCACAGACGAUGACUUUUUAACGGUCACGGGCAAAACCGUGCGCCUGCUGUAAAUACUGCACUGAGGACUUCCUGGUCGACUUUUCACCGCGAUUCUGUAGAGCAUUUAUUAUUAUUAAUGAUGUUCAUAUAUAUGAAGACUUGUUUUUGUUUGUUUGCUAUUAAAAAGAUGUGUUGGUAGUUA